CAGCCAUACAGUGCUGUUAGCAUAUGGAGGGGUUCCGCGGCUGCAGCAGUGGUACCCACUGUCAUUAUCCGAAACAUCCAGCAGCUGUAAUGAUGGCAGACUUCAUCUGAAUGAUUUUAAAUCGCAAAAUCUACAGAUAGGAAGCUCAAGAAACAGCGGUAGGCCAAUUAAACUGCUAACAGUUGUCAUUACUCGUCUGCUGGAGGGCUUCUGACAGAGCUACAUCACCAGCAGCAGUCGUAGUAAUAAAGUGACAGGUAUGUCUUCAUCCGCCGCGGCCGUUAAAAAGAAGCACGUUCGGUUCGCCAGCAUGGAGGACGACGACGACAACGACGACCAGGAGGAGGACACCCUGUUUGACAAGCGGAAGGACACCGGGAGAGGGCUCAAGAGUGCUCUGAAGGCGGUGAAGAGGACGGCCAACCCGGGAUGCGACGACCGGGUUGAGGUGGUCGGCGGAGGAAGGGGCGGUUAUGGAGCGUGCGGGCGCUGGAUCGUUACCCUGGCUCUCUGUGCAUCUUUCCUCGGCUUGGGGAUGAGUAUCUCCGUUCUUGGCCCCACUUUUGAGGAUCUGGCUGUGAACGUGAAGAAGAACAUCAGCAACAUUUCGUACAUCUUCGUCGGACGCGCUGCAGGUUACAUGGGUGGCUCGAUCGUAGGAGGCAUUCUGUUUGACUGCAUGAACCCUCACCUACUGCUGGGGUUAUCAAUGCUGGUCACAGCGUUAGGAAUGUGUGCCAUCCCGUUCUGUAAGCAGGCCCUGAUCCUCACUGCCCUCAUAUCCAGCAUCGGGAUGUCUAUGGGGGUUUUAGAUACAGGAGGUAACGUUCUCAUCCUGAACACGUGGGGCGAGCAGGCCGGCCCUCACAUGCAAGCUCUUCACUUCAGCUUCGCGGCGGGGGCCUUCGCUUCACCGAUCAUCGCCAAGCUGGUGUUUGGACAGAGCGCCAACACCUCUACACCUCCUGUGGUCAUAGAACAGACAACCAAAGCCCCCGAUGCUCACUCAGUCCUCCCCUACAUCCACAGCAGGAUCAGCACCCUCAGAUCCAUGUGGGCCUACAUUGUCAUCGGCUCCUUCGUCUUCUUCGUCUCCUUCCUCUUCUUCAUCCUUUUCGCUCGGGGCAGCAAGUCACGAGAAAAAGCUCGCACGGUGUCAGGGAAGCCGCUGGUGGCCAAACAUCACAUGGCCCUGAUCGCUCUGCUUUUCUUCUUCUUCUUUGGUUAUGUAGGUGCUGAGGUGGCGUACGGCUCCUUCGUCUUCACUUAUGCUAAAGACUACGCCCACAUGCCUCAGGCCCAGGCGGCCGGCCUUAACUCUCUGUUCUGGGCGACGUUUGCGGCCUGCAGGGGCCUCGCCAUCUUCUUUGCAGCAUGCAUGUAUCCGGGCACCAUGAUCCUGCUCAGCCUGGUGGGCUCCACUGUGUCCUCGCUGCUCCUCUGUCUCUUCAACCAGAAGCAAACAGCGCUGUGGGUCUGCACCGGUCUCUACGGAGCGUCCAUGGCCACCACCUUCCCCAGCGGCAUCUCCUGGGUGGAGCAGUACACCACGGUGACGGGCCACACGGCGUCGGUCUUCGUGGUGGGUGCAGCGCUGGGGGAGAUGGUGCUGCCUGCUCUGGUAGGCUUUCUGUUGGGGCAGUUUCCGGAGCAUCCUCUGCUCAUGUACCUGUCGCUCAUCACCGCCACUUUCACCUCCAUCCUCUUCCCCGUCAUGUACAAGCUGGCCUCUGCCCCCAGCGGGCAGAGCAGGAAACCCCGUGCCAGGGGCCGGCCUGACACGGACGACAGCGAGUUCCGUCAGGCGCUGCUGGACUCUGGAGGCAACGAGGAGGAGGAGGAGGAGGAGGAGGAGCGGGACAACGAGGCGGAUCAGUGGAACGACGCAGACUUUGAAGUUAUCGAGAUGGACGACGCGUCGAGUCUGGUCAGUUCACCGAGCAAAGCGCUGUCUCCUCCUGACGUCACGGCUCUGACAAUGAGCUCUGCCUCCUCCAGCUCUCAGCCGACGGAGACUACAGGAGGAUUCCCUGAUGCCGUCGACUCCCCCAGACGCAAACUUCUGCUCUCACUGGACCGAGAGAAAAGAGACUGAGAGCUCAGAAUCAUAUAUAUGAAGAGUACUGAUGGUUUACAGCACAGCACAACGAACUACUGACCGACAGCUGUGUGGAUCUCUCAACGAAGGAACGUUUGCCCAUGCACAGACUCAUCAGCAUCUUUUCAAGCUUUCUGACUCCUCCUGAGUAGGGCUGGGAAAUACUGACCAAAAAUACUGUUGAUGAGUGGCAAUACACGAUACAUAUCUGGGUAUUUUUAUCUGUAAAGACUUAACUGACAGUUUUAACACUAUGAAUCUAGUAAAAUCUAAUAAUAUUGAAAGCUGUUUGAUACCACAGCAGCAAAAAUCAACGUUGAGGACAUCUAAUGUUGGGCAGCUUAUUAUAUCUAAUGAUCUAAAGUUGCAGAUAAACUCCUCCACACUGGUUUAAUUGGACAAACAUUAUGCUUUCACUGCAACAACACUUGAGAAAUUCAUACUGAUAAGACGGUGUGGUAUCAUCAGCCUCUGUCAGCAAGAGUGCACGGCCAUGUGGGAGCUUCUAAUACACAGUCAGACAGGCACACAACACAGUGCUGCACUUAGGGAUGCAUGCUCCUGACUCUGUUAGGACCGGUUCUUCAUUGUUCAAAACUUCAAAAUUUUAAUGUUUUUACUUAUCAGUACUCCUACCCCCCACACUAAAGCUAAAAGCACAUCAGCAUUGUGCGUCGAAUUUAUCUAAAAUGGACUGUGUUCAAUUGUCUUCAGCUGGUCUGGACCAUGAAAAGUGCUCCAAAACUUUGAUGCGAGUCCUGCUAGUUAAAAUUAUUAAUCAAAUGCUUAAAUCAGCAGAACAAAAGUUAGCUUAAUGAGCUGACAGAUGGUUAUAUUAUGGUGUGUUUAAGGCCAGCUCAGUAAAAAAGACUAUUAGGCAACUGUUAGUAAAAUGUCAUGGUCUGUUCAAAUGCUGGUAACAGUAAUGCAUCAAUAGCAGUUAAUUAAGGUCUAUUAAUAGGCAUUAAUUGGCACACUUGAAUUAAGCCCCUGCACCAUCUUCCUGCAGCCACAGUGAUGUAAAAUAAACCAUAUGGACAAAAGUAUUCAGCCGUCUGACCAUUACGCCAAGAGGGACUGUAAUGACAUUGUUUUUAAAUCCUUGUACUUUAAUAUGGACUUGGGCCCCUUUUGCAGCUGUAGCAGUCUACACUCUUUUCUGAAGGCUUUCAAGACUUUGGAGUGUUUCUGUGGGAAUGUGUAGAACAUUUAUGAGGUCAGGCACUGAUGUUGGAUGAAAAGGACUGGCUCACAAUCUCUGUU